AUGACAAUCGACUGGGAACCUGUCAAGGCGGACAUUCAUGAUCUCUACCAUGUUCGGAACAAGACGCUCGACGAUGUCAUGAGGAUCAUGCGUGGGCGGCAUGGAUUCAGUGCCUCCAGCGGUAGUAUCAGCUACGAUAGCACAAACUCAACACCAUCAGCAAUCAUUGCCACGCCUGAGUUCUCCUUUAACUUUCCUGAUCCAUCAAGCGACAUCUACACUGGAGAAGAUGACAAAACGGAGCUGCACAACGCCAUCAUUAAUCAAGACAGCCAGAAAGUCCAAUGUCUUCUCGACCGCGGUACUCCUGUGGAUACCAAAGACACUGCUGAGAAUGAGCCUCUUCACAACGCCGUUGGGGGCACCUUGGACAGUGUCCUCUGCAUGCGGCUGUGUCAAACAGUGCCAAUCUGGCAAUUUUGUUAG